UGCGGGGGCCCGGCCCAUGAGGCGGCCCUGGGCCCGCGCCCCGGCCGAGCCACCACACAGCCAUGGCGGGCGUGUUCGACAUCGACCUGGACCAGCCCGAGGACGCGGGCUCGGACGAGGAGCUGGAGGAAGGGGGUCAGUUAAGUGAGAGCAUGGACCAUGGAGGAGUUGGCCAAUAUGACCUGGGCAUGGAGCAUUGUGAGAAGUUUGAGAUCUCAGAGACCAGCGUGAACAGGGGCCCCGAGAAGAUCCGUCCCGAGUGCUUCGAGUUGCUGCGCGUGCUGGGCAAGGGCGGCUACGGCAAGGUGUUCCAAGUACGGAAAGUGACCGGAGCAAACACCGGGAAAAUAUUUGCCAUGAAGGUUCUGAAAAAGGCAAUGAUUGUAAGGAAUGCCAAGGACACGGCUCACACGAAAGCAGAGAGGAAUAUCCUGGAGGAAGUGAAACAUCCCUUCAUCGUAGACUUAAUUUACGCCUUUCAGACUGGUGGAAAACUCUACCUCAUCCUUGAGUAUCUCAGUGGAGGAGAACUAUUUAUGCAGUUAGAGAGAGAAGGGAUAUUUAUGGAAGACACAGCUUGCUUCUACUUGGCAGAAAUCUCGAUGGCACUGGGGCACUUGCAUCAAAAAGGAAUCAUCUACCGGGAUCUGAAGCCAGAGAACAUCAUGCUCAACCACCAAGGUCACGUCAAACUGACUGACUUCGGAUUGUGUAAAGAAUCUAUCCACGAUGGGACAGUCACACACACAUUCUGUGGAACAAUUGAAUACAUGGCCCCUGAAAUCCUGAUGAGGAGUGGGCAUAACCGUGCUGUGGACUGGUGGAGUCUGGGGGCAUUAAUGUAUGACAUGCUGACUGGAGCACCUCCUUUCACUGGGGAGAACAGAAAGAAAACAAUUGACAAGAUCCUCAAGUGUAAACUCAACUUGCCUCCCUACCUCACACAAGAAGCCAGAGAUCUGCUUAAAAAGCUGCUAAAAAGAAACGCUGCCUCACGUCUAGGAGCUGGUCCUGGAGAUGCUGGAGAAGUUCAGGCUCACCCCUUCUUCAGACACAUCAACUGGGACGAGCUGUUGGCACGGAAGGUGGAACCUCCUUUUAAACCCUUAUUGCAAUCUGAAGAGGAUGUGAGCCAGUUUGAUUCAAAGUUUACACGUCAGACACCUGUUGAUAGCCCAGAUGACUCAACUCUCAGUGAAAGUGCCAACCAGGUCUUUCUGGGUUUCACCUACGUGGCUCCAUCUGUACUUGAAAGCGUAAAAGAGAAAUUUUCUUUUGAACCAAAAAUCCGCUCCCCUCGCAGGUUCAUCGGCAGCCCAAGGACCCCAGUCAGCCCUGUCAAGUUUUCCCCGGGAGAGUUCUGGGGCCGAGGCGCUUCAGCAGGCACGUCCAACAGCCAGCCCGCCGUGGAGUACCCCCUGGAGAGCGGCGGCAUCGAGCAGAUGGACGUGUCGGUGUGCGGGGAGGCGUCGGCGCCGCUGCCCAUCCGGCAGCCCAACUCGGGGCCCUACAAGAAGCAGGCGUUCCCCAUGAUCUCCAAACGGCCCGAGCACCUGCGCAUGAACCUAUGACAG